AUGAUUGCAACAACAACCACCACUACCAGCAAUAACAACAACAAUGACGAUACCAACAAUGACGAAGACAUGGAUACCAACCUCAAUGUUCUUCAGCAAGCAUCAAGUAUUUUAGAUGAAGAGUUGGAGGAAUUAGGGGACGGACCGUUCGGAAAGUUAUCGUUGGAACAAUUAGCAAAAACCGAUCAUUCUGUCUUCAUGAUGAUGGAUGGUCUCAAUUCUGGGUUUUCAUCAUUCGUUCAGACACCACGAGAAAAAUCACCUUCUUCCGAAUCGGAAGAGGAGGUCAUCAAGAUGGAGAGUGGUCAAUUAUUUGAUAAGGCCAUUCUAAUGAAAGCAGAGAAUGAAACGAAUUUUCAGCCAUUACAAUUACAAGAUAUUCAAUUGUUUAGGAGAUACGUGACUCAGAGCGGAAACAUUAUUGAAAGAGUCGGAUCAGAAUCUGUACAGAUCAAUAAUAAUAAGGUUAUUCAUCUGCCAGUAGCUCCAACCUCACACCACAAUAACGGAAGUAAUCGUCAUGAUGAGCUCAAUAAUAAUAACCCUAGCAACAAUAAUUAUGAAACAAGGAAUACUUCUCAGGAAAUGACGAAAAAUUCUCGAGACAAUAGCUCAAUGAUUGUUGAUGAAGCAAGUUUAAUUCCAUCAUUUACAGAGAGAAAAUCUGUUGCUCAUAAUAUUCGGCUGCUUGCUGCUUCGAAAUUGUUGAAUGAACUUCCCGAUGAAGAUGAAGAAUGCAGUGACGAAUGGCUUGUAUCUCCGCGAUCAAAACCAAUCGGUAAUUCUUUAGUUGAAAGUGUUACAUUACAGCAACAACAACAGCAGCAACAAUCAGUCACAACAAUCAAGCCAACAAGAAGUGCAUCUCAACCCUUAACCUCGUCAAUUGUAACCUCAUCAAUUAUCUCAUCAUCCAACACUACCACGCAACAUCCAUCUCACCAAAACAACAAGACUUCAUUGAUGAAUGGUCAAAUCUCGAGUAAGGAGGUUACGAUCAACAGCAACCACAAAUCUCAUCAUUUACAUCAAGAACACCAUGAAAAUGUCUCCACGAGUUUCUCGUCAUCUUCAGAAGCUUCUUCAUCUAUUAGCGAAGACGAAAACGAUGAAGAAUUUCACGUAGAUGAUACUCUGUCUGAUAAGGGAGUUUCCACACGGAAAUCCAACGACGCCAAAGCCAAGUACAAAACCAUCUCAUCACUUCCUUCAACUAGCUCAGGAAGUUUGGCUUCUAAAAUUCAAAACUCCAGCACAACAACGCCAAAAAAUACUUUCUCAACAAUUCGAAAGACACAACAAAAGGCCAGUGAUUCGGCAUCAUCGUCGAAAAGUUUUCGAGACGCCACUGGAUAUAAACCACAAUUUUUUAAUCCUCCUGAAGAUGUGAAGUGCAAGGAGCCUUCUGAGCAAAAGAAACAGCAAUGGGAAAAUAAGAAGAAGCCAGGGCAUUCAUCUAACAAUUCCAAUAAUCAGAAAUCUUCAAAAAAGUCCACUGCGAGAGAUAUUCCAAACUCAACAAUCUAUCCACCACCUCAGCCUCACGUUUCCCCAAAAAGGCCAAUCAUGAAUCAUUCACUCAUUGAACUACCUGCAAAGACUGCCACGUCUGAGAAGGCUGCAACUUCUCAUCCAACUUCAUCAAACGGAUUGCAAGUGAAAAAGCCCGUGCCCAACCUUUUUCUUAAUAACAGCCAUAUCGGUAAUUCACAUGAUACAAUGAACUCAACAACAUCAACCCUCUCAAAAAAGAAAGAAGCAAACACCCAAAAACCACCUUCAAGAGCAACUACACCUACUUUUUCUCACGUAUCGCAUUCCUUAGAAUUGAAUAAUAACUUGUAUGACGAUCAUUUUGAUGCUUUAGAGUCGUCUCUUUGUGGAGGUGACACUUUUAGUGAAGUUUCAAACGAAGAAACUCCCGAACUUGACGAAUUUGAGUUCGAUGAAUUAACGGUGAACAGUGCUGCAGAUUUUGUGACAUCUAAAAGCUGGAAACUUAUGAGAUGGCGAAGAGAUAACUUGAGAGAAAAGAAUUUCUCUUCUUCAUUGAAAAAAUUGACAGCAAACAGAAACAGUAAGUCACAAGUGGAACUUCCUAAAAUUCCUGGUGGACAAGAUGAACUUCAAAAAGAUCAAAGUUAUGAAUCGUGCAUCAUUGCCAGAGAUAUCGCCAAUGAACUUGUCGACCGUUCAAUACAGGCAAUGGAGCAGAAACCUCAAAUAAUGGAGUUCCAGGAAGUUACAGUGUCUCUCUUUGGAAGCAUUGUGCUUUCAAAAACUGUUGAGGACAUGCUUUCGCAUGCAUUACUUUCUUCAACAAACUCACACCAGCACUUAGCCAAAGUUUCCAUAUCGUUUUUUUCAAGCUCUUCAGGAAAAAUUCCAGACUAUGUCGAGAACAAUAUUCCCUGUUUUAUUGAGCUAUUCAAGGUUGCAAAGAAUAACAGUAAUUCGUCACCGAAUAGUAUCAAAGCCUACUAUAGUACUUUUGUCAACAUUCCUAACAAUAUUCCAAGCUUGGUGAAUAACAAAACAAAUCAACUCGUUGGCACAUUUUACUAUGACAUUGAUGUAUUGGCCCAAGAGGUGAAAAUUAAUUUAACCAAUAAGGCAUGCUAUCAAUGGAAGGGAGUCAGUACCAUCUAUUUUCCAUUCGAGAAGAGUGAAAAAAUCGAGGGAGACUCUUCCUCGUUGAAUUCAUCAUUAACAACCUUCUUCAAGCUUAAACGUGCGGGUGACACAAGGAUCGAUUCAGAAAUACCUCAUUUUUUGAACUCUAAAACGAACAAAGACUCGACAAAUAAUAAGGGCCAACCAAAGGGCCGACCAGGAGAAAGCAACAUUUUUGCUGUCAACUUGAACACUUCUGAAUCCAUGAUGAUAGAGUCUCCACUUCCCGUAAACAAAUCCUUAUACAAUACAACCCUUCAUAGUGAGGAUAUUCAACUCUCGCCGGUUUUUGUGCCAACGUCACCAGUCCAGCCACAUCACCAAAUCGAAAGAGGGAAAGCAGUGCGUGACACUAACGAGAGACAGCCCAAAUGUUGCUUCAUGUAG